CCCGAAGCCACAAUCUGCAGAAAGAAAAUCCUGGAUAAACCAUCAACAGAGACAAAAUGUCACCUCCAUUGUACCUGAGGACGAUAUUGAACCCGCCUCAUGUUACGCUUGGACUUCAUGGUCCCUCACAUCGCCAUUCGCUGCGGUCCGUCUUCGACUAUCUAGGCAGCUCAGAACUAGAUGCCAUAUUCAGCUCUCAUCGACACGAAGAAAGUGACAAGGAGGCUGUUGCAUUUCCAAAUUUUGACGUCAGAGAAACACCUAGCACAUAUUUUCUGGAGGGAGAAUUUCCUGGCAUACAUGAUCCCCUAGAAAUCGUCAUCGAACCUCUCGGUGCCAAGGGACUCUCAAUCGAGGCUCGGACAACGGACAUGGAUUUGAAAGAUGAAUGGGGCGUGGAUGUGAUUGCACCCCAUCACCGGAGGGAUUCCAGAGAAACUCGAAGACACCCAGAUGUGCAAACAUCGAGCCUCGCAAGGCCCGAGGAGAGUGCUCCACGCUCCGAAUAUACUGAGCUGGAUUCGUAUACCCAGCAGACAGAAGAGCACCCAACCCGACCUGGAUCGAAGCCGAACGAGCCCACAGCCGGAGAGAAAUUGACAAUUUUGCUGUCCGAACGGCAUGUUGGUAGACUUCGUCGCUCAUUCUCUUUCCCAGAAUCCAUUGAUUUUGACAAUAUGAAAGCAAAGCUCAAGGAUGGAAUUUUGCGCAUCAAGGUGCCCAAGAGCAGUGUGAAGAAACGGAGCCAAAGAGUGGCGGUGGAGUAUGCAAGCUGAGAAGCGGAAAGAUGCAUUGAUCGGCGGGUAUGAUUUUGUUUGAUGGAGGGCCUCGAAGAUUUUGCAGCAGGUGCCGAGACUGGCCAUGUAUCGCAGUCAGCUGAAUGGUAUGACCAUAAGAAAAGGUGUUUGGGUCCUAGCAAAUCAGCAGGAGCCUAGAUAGACCCAACAGUCUGUGACGGAUGAUGGCACGAAUUGGAGUAGUCUAGGUGGUAGUGACUGUGCCACGGUCUUGAGCCAUGCCAUCCCUGGAGUCUGGAGGUACCCAAUUUAUCACA